AUGUUCACUUAUAUUCAGAUCCAUCUGUACUUUAUAAUACCACCUAUAAUACUGCUAGGAUUGAUAUAUCAUCCUCUGAUAGGUAGAAGGGAGAUACUGAAAUUCUUAUGGCUAGGGUUCAUGGCGACAGUAUGGACUACGCCAUGGGAUAAUUAUAUACUAUCUCAAGGAGGAUGGUCGUACCCACCAAACUCGAUAAUAGGCAAGAUAUAUCAUGUACCUAUAGAGGAACAUAUGUUUUUCAUCUUACAACCCACCUUGAUUAUAUUACUUCAUUCGAUAUUCACCCAUGGGAGAUUAUUAUCUUUCGAUGUGGACGUCGAUCAGAUACCCAAUGAUACGAAACUUCUCAGUGAGAAGUCUGAGAUAGAUGGAAAAGGAGAAGGACAAGAAUAUCAAAUGACAACGAAGCCACAGAUAUCCCCAUUAUGGCCCGGAAGACAUGAGGAACAUACUCUUAUUCAGACUCUCCCUCGUCGACCUAUACCAUCGUUACUUUGGAUGAUUUCAUCCCUCAUUGGCUUACGAUUAGUACAGCAGACCAACCUGUACAAUACGAUAGAUUACGGAAUGAAACAGCACAUGUUUUACCUCAGCUGGAUCUUAGUCUGGAUAACACCCGUCAUUUCAUUCUUGACUUACUUAGGUACGAGAUGUACAUGGAGUGAUUGGCUGAGUAUAUGUGUGGGAUCAGGCUGGUUAUGGAUUGUUGAUACGAUCGCACUGAGAAGUAGAAGUUGGUCGGUAUCUGAAAGUAGCACGUUAGGUGUGGAAUUAUGGAGAGGUUUACCUAUAGAAGAAGCAAUCUUCUUCUUCCUUACCACUUACCUGAUCGUCCUCUCAUCCUCCCUAAUCUCCCAUCUUCACACCCUUCUUCUCUUUACGCCAGAUCUACCUCCGUGUCCACCAUUCAACCCAAUCGCUCAUAUCAAACUACUAGCAAGAGUAGCUUUCAACCCACCCAAAAUAGAUAGAAGGGUAUUAGUGGGGUUGAAAGAAGCUGAGAAAACUUUAAAGAAGGGAAGUAAAAGUUUCGAAGUUGCUAAACUUGCCUUUGGUAGAGAGAUGAGGAUUGGUUUGGUGGUGAUUUACGCUUGGUGUAGGGUUACGGACAACCUGAUCGACGAGCCCUUCUCGGUUAACACCAGCACAGAUCAGAACGAUCCAUCUUCAACAUCACUGGACGAAGCCAGACACAAGAUCUUACAAUCUAUACGAAGCCAUUUGCUACUUACUAAUCAAUUACAAACUCGAUAUCCCGCACAACCAUACUCAUUAAAAGAACUAGACCUAGUUUUAGAUGACAUAACCAAUCUCACGCCUGAGGACAGAUCGGCAUUCCACCUGUUCUCACUGAUUAUACCUAGAUUGAUACCGAUAGAUCCAUUUUUAGAACUAUGUGAUGGUUAUUCAACAGAUCUCAAAUUCCCUUCUAAACCACUAUCGACCAUUUCGCAAGCUCACGAAGAUAAGUUGACGGAUCAUCUACCUAUCACAACUCGCGAGGAUCUGAUGGAAUAUGCCGAUAAUGUUGCGGGCAGUAUAGCGGGGGCUAUAUGUCAUCUAUCCUGGUCGAUCCUGGAUUCAAAAACGACACUACCGGUGAAGGAGUAUGAUCGUGUCAGAACGAUACAUGACAGUGGAGGAUCCUUACAGGAUGGCUCAAAAGAAAGAAGUAAUCAGUGUUCAGAUGGAGGAGACUCGCGAUUAGAGAUAAUGCGAUCGGCAAGAUUGAUGGGCUGUUCACUCCAACUGGUCAAUAUUUCUCGUGAUAUAAUUAAAGAUGGGAUGAUCUCGAGGCUUUAUAUACCUAUAAGUUGGUUUCAAACUCCCUCGGAAAUAAUCAAGAUCCUCUUCUCGUCCCAUUCAGAACAGCCAUCGACAAGAUUGUAUACAGAGAAAUUAUUGAAUUUAGCAGAUAGCUUAAGGGAUCAAUCGCUCUCUUCGAUCGAGGAUCUACCUAGGACUGCAAGAGGGGGUGUGUGGACGAUGGUAGUGAGUUAUUAUGAGAUCGCCAAUGCCAUUAGGAAGAAUGAAGGGGAGGUGGACCAGUAUGGUAUAAAGGUUGGGAAGUGGAGAAGGAUAGGUAGAGCUGCAAGAGCGAUGUGGUUAGGGGCUUAG